AUGUCAAAAUGGCUCAAGGAGUGCUAUUCGUCCGUUGACCACUACUCCUGUCAUGACAAGCCGCCAAGAAAAAAAUUCCAGCUGCCUAGUAGGGUGAUUGAUGUUGGUCCGUCUAAUGGAUCGAGAGCGCCAUAUCUUCUAGAACCCAACGGCAGUUAUGGCAGCUACGUGGUCUUGUCGCAUUGUUGGGGUAACUACCAACCAUUUGUAACCAACAGUGAAACCCUGAAACAAAACCUGAAGUAUAUCUCUCUACUGUCACUCCCGAAGACAUUCAGGGAUGCAAUUUACAUCACCAGAGGGCUGGGAAUUCGCUAUCUCUGGGUUGACAGCUUAUGUAUACUUCAAGGAGAUGCAGUAGACUGGGAAUCUGAAUCGGCGAAUAUGAUUCGGAUUUAUCAGAAUGCAACACUUGCUCUCGCUGCGACAGCCGCCGCUGAUAGCAGGCAAGGCUGCUGCUUCAAACGCCAGCUGUCUUCUCUCAACUCGAUUCUCGAAGCGCCUCUCAAUCAACGUGCAUGGGUAUUGCAAGAACUCUUACUCUCAUCGCGGGUUAUUCACUUUGCUCAGGACCAAAUGUACUGGCAAUACUCGAGCAGGCUAGCCUCCGAAGAUGGCCUCCUGGACAAUAAGCUUGUCGAAUGGUGGGAUGUAGACAUAUCACGAGACUACUGGUGGACGAUUGUCGAAGAAUACAGCAGACGAAGUCUCACCCAUCGACGUGAUAGAUUGCCAGCACUGGCUGGAUUGACGGAGUUCUUUCAGAUUCGUACUGGAGAUUCCCCUUUGGCUGGUUUGUGGCAAGAAGACCUUCUAUUUGGGCUUAUGUGGCAUGUUCGUGAACCGGUUGAAUCACCGGUGAGCUCUGACAUACCAUCAUGGUCUUGGGCUUCGAUAGAGGGAUCCAUC